AUGUCGAAUUUGUCGCUAAAGUGUUUGAUGGAAACUGACAAGUUGACUGGGUCAAACUUCACGGAUUGGCUCCGUUGCUUGCGUCUGGUCUUAAGACUAGAAAAGAUUGAGUACGUCUUGGACGACCCAAUCUCUGUGAUUCUCGACAAGAAAUCUGCGGAGUAUGCUUCGUUUGACGAAGAUGCUCACAAGAAGCAUGUCGAGGAUGCAACUAUGGCUCAGUGUGUAAUGUUGACUUUUAUGAAUACGGAGUUACAGAGGCAACACGAACACAUGUUCCCUUUUGAAAUGCUAAAACUCUUGAAGAGUCUGUAUGCUUCGGAAGCUCAGACUAUGGAGUAUGAGAUACUCCGAGAUCUUUUCAAGUGUAAGCUUCACGAAGGGAGCUCGGUUUCUGAUCAUGUUUUGAAGAUGAUCGGAUUGAUUGAGAGGUUGACAUCGAUUGGAACGAUACUACCCGCUACUGUCUCAGUCAAUCUGAUUUUGCAGUCAUUGUCUGCCUCAUUUGAAAGCUUCAUUGUGAACUUCAAUAUGAAUGGCACGAAGGCAACUCUGGCUGAACUUCACAACAUGUUGAAGACCUACGAGUCUACCACUUCUAAAGGCAAAUCUGUGCUCAUGGUGAGCUCUACUGCUACAUCUUCUAAGAAGAACAAGCAGAAGAAAGCAAUUGAUGCUAAUUUAAAGCCUAAGGGUGGAUGA